AUGUCUUUUCCCCAGGACCCUCGCCGCCGGCGCGGUGGAGCCGGCACCGGCUUCAGCGCGACGAGCAGACGCACUGCCCUUGGUUACUGGAUUCCCCUGGCACUCACGGUGGGCGUCGCGACAAUUAGCGUUGCGGCAUGGAUCUGGAGCGAACGGAACGACGAUGACGACGACGACGACCAACCCUAUGAGGGAGAAGGCCCUUACCCGCCCCCUGGUCCAGCCGGUGGUGAUAUCCCUCCUCCUUCCUACGCCUCAGAAGGAUAUGCGAGAAGCACAGGAGCAGAAAUUCCUGGCGAUGCUCGAUAUGAUCCCAGCUUCAUGGCUCGCAUGCAAGGCGCUUUGCGCCGAACCCCGAGCCCACAACAGAUCUUUGACGGCGCGAGCCGACGAGUCGUAGCCGGUGUGACAGCCGCUGGGGCGCUUGUCGGUGGUGCGCUUACAUCUAUUCGCGAAGAAAACCGAGGCGACUUCGAGGACCACACGAGAUGGUCUGAGGAGGCCGAAUCCAGGAACGUCGAGAGGGGUCAACAAGGUGCGGCGCCCAGUAUGAGUGGCGCGCUCCCGACUCGCGGACCGGCUGCUGGUCAACAUUCCUCUGACAAGAAGAAAAAAACCGUGGUGAUUGUUCUUUCCUCUCUCUCUCCGGCAGACUCGGAUGAAUAUGCCUCGGAGCAUGCCUCAAUUCUGUCCCACCUCCCCGAGCAUGUGGAUCUGGAUACCUCCCGUGUCUUUGUUCUGAUUUAUGCUCCCGAUGUGAAGCACGCCAUCGGCCAGGGUAGCUCAUCUCGGCAGACCACAUCGAUUGCUUCGUCCUACUCGAAUAUUGCCCAUGAGGAAGCUACGUCUUCCGGUGAAUUGGUCGGUGGUGAUAUGAAGGCCAUGGAGCCCCGCCAGGAUGAUGAGUUUGAAGGUACAACCCCCUUCUUCAGGACUUUGUACACCCAGGCCCAGGCACUUGUCGAAAAGGAGACCAUGAUCAUGCCCUUCAGCACCGCCACUGGCUACGUGCACCUUGUACGCCACCUGGCACCCGACCUUGUCUAUGUUCAGGAGUCUCUUACUGGCGACGACGGUGAUGCCGUUCAACACGUUUCUGGUUGGGUUCGCCAGGUUAUCGUUGUCGUUGGAGACGAAGGCGGCCGCGGUGGCCUCAUUGACAGUGACGAUGAGUCUGCUCUUGCCGACAAAGGAGAGAAAUGGUGGCAAAAAGAAGGCACUACAGGCAUCGGCAAGCGGAUUGACGUGGUAGAUGUCCUCCGUGUUGGCGAUGACUGGCGACGUCGCGUGCGUGGCUUGGACUAA